AUGGAAGAGGGCUCUGAAGGCCAACCCCCCGGCGGUGCAGGCACCAACGAGGAAGUGCAGUCGGAGGAUGGGUCUGACUGGGAGAGCGACUUCGACGACGGUGAUUCAACUGAGAGCGAUGAUGACGACAGCGCCGUCGACGAGAACGAUUUCAACACAGCCUUAGAGUUCUUCCGCUUCGUCAUCGGAUGCAAUGGCGGCCAAGGACUCAGCGACGAGGCCACGGUCUGGCUUUUCAAGCUCCUGCGCGACCCCCGCCUGGAUCUGGAGGCUAUUCGCCGCUGGCGAACCAAACACGCCGUCCUUCAGUACGGACUUCGCCUCAUGAUGGCGAGGCGGGUGUACAGGCAGGUGGAAGUGCGCAUCCCAGGGAUCGACCACACAUUCGAGCUGAUGUGUACCAGCCCUAUCGAGGGAGUCGUGGAGAUAUUCGGCCACCGUGACAAUGCAGAUGGCUUCCAGCUGUUUGCCCGUCCGGUACACUCGGUGGCGGGACGCGUGUACACAAGGCCGGAGACUGGUCUUCUGUGGGAAGCCGCACAGAACGCCCUGGACGAGAUCUAUGGCCCGGGCCAGGUGGUGGCCCCCAUCAUACUUUCAAGUGAUGCUAUGAUUCUCAGCGGGAACGAGCGCGUGAAAGUUUGGGCGGUUUACCUAAGCAUCGCCAACAUCCACCUCCGUCUCCGUUGGGGUGAUUCGGGGAAGAUUCUGCUUGCACUACUCCCAAUGCCUGUCCAUGGAAUGACGGCCGAGCAGAAGGUGCAGCUCUUUCAAGCUGCGAUGCAGGUGGUCCUCGCUGACCUGAUUGCCGCAUCACACACGCGUCAGAAUGCACUACACCCAGGCGCCAGGCAGGCGGGACUGCUAACUCCUGGAGACGCGAGCUACUGGGUCUCUGGUGCCAACUUCACCGCGUCGGAGCAUGCCGCUGUCAUGAUGGUGCGCCCCUACCUUCUAGUUUAUGCUCUCGUACGAGUGCCCAAUGGACGUGAUGGUUGUCAGAUGGCAUUUGCUGACUACGCGCUUCCUGUGUGGCAGAUUGUACCAUUCGUGCUGGAGGGGGAAGUUGCGGUCAUUUGUAGCCGCACGAUUGUCGCCUUUCUGGACUGGCACGAGACUUUCGUGCGGGCUGCGGAGCACACGGAUGAGAGUCUGAGUGCAUUCGACACUGCCACUCGCAGGAUGGUGCAGUUGGUGGAAAGCACCUUUCCACGCGAGCACUCUGGGUGGAACCUUGUGAAGGUGCACCUGCUGCUUCACCUUACUGAGGCGAUUCGAAGGGGGGGCCUGCCACGAGAGUACUCCGCAGCGGUGUACGAGAACGCACACAUCCGCACCUGCAAGAGGCCGUACCGACAGUCCAACCAUCGGGACGUGGGGCGUGUGAUUGCGCAGCACAACACCAACGCUGCUCUACUGACCCGUAUCCCAACCAACCUCGAGGGCAACCGCCAGUACAACACCGCGAUGCGCCGGGCAAUCGCCAGUGGGCUGCCUCAGCUGUGCCGCCAGCGAUCCAGGAUGCACAGCGCGAUCACGGACAGGGAGCAGGCUCCCCUGGACCUGUACGCGACGUUCGAUGCCGCAAUCCCGGGAGGCAUUGGGCCAUACGCCUACUUGACGCGCCUCUUUGGCUACGUCUCUUUUCCGGCGUGGGUCCACACGGCGCUGGCUCUACCAGCCCGCGGGACGGACCACGGCCUGAUCAGGCCACACUAUGUCCGCGCCAACCCCUCUCACCACGGUGCUGCCACAUUCUCGUUCAUUGAGUACGAGGAUGGGACUGGGGAGACCGUGGUCGGCCGCGUGCACCUGCUCCUGACGCUGAUGAUGAACAGCGAGGAUGCACACCCCGCGGGAGAGGCCGUGGCCUUCGUGAGGCAGUGGUACCCCUACCUGGAGGACGAGUGCACUGGCUGCAUGAGGAUGCGGCCAUCUGAUGACGAGCUGAGCUACAACCUUGUGCCGGUCGCCUCCGUGCAGAGGACCGUGCACAUGGUGGAGUCGUUUGUGACGCCUGGCCUCUGGUAUCUUAACAGGUGGGCUGGCCGAUGCCGCGAGGAGUUGCCCUAA